AUGGCGAUAGACAUUGCAAUUUCAGAACUGCCUCGGGAUUGUGGAAAGCAAUUGAUUGCUCAUUAUAUACAUCAAACUGCCAUCGAUGAGCCUCAUCGAGUGUGCAUUUCUAGGCCCUUGACUUCCGAGCCACGUGAUGGAUUCGAGGACAUCACAUUCAGUCAAUUAGACAAAGCCAUAGAUUUCGCGUCAAAUUGGUUUGAAAAACACACUGGCAUUGGGAAAGACUUUGACUGCAUUGCCUAUAUCGGUCCCCAUGAUCUGCAGUAUAUACUCCCGAUGAUAGCGGCGAUCAAAACUGGACACAAGCUUUUUGUGCCAUCCCCACGGAAUAGCUUAGAAGCACAUACCAAACUACUACAAGAUUAUAAAUGCGAAAAGUUUCUAUUUGCAAAGGAUUCCCCGAUAUCUCGGAAGAUUGUCAAUGACAUUCAAACUAAGGUUGACCUUCAAACCGUAGCUGUUCCCACGUUAGAUUACUUUUUUCAUCCUGGAUUUGAUGUACCUCACUAUAAGUAUACCGCAACAUAUGAAGAGGCGAGAUUUUAG